UAUAUAGCCUACAGCAGCAGCGGAGGCGGUCAGAACUAAGGAAGAAGGGACACUAGAUGAAAAUACAACUAACUAGCUGUUACAUGUCGUGAAGGUCUCAAUGGACUGGGCCCUUAUUCUAGUUUUGCAAGUCAUGUUUCAGCCAUCUCUCUCAGGGCUGUUUUUCACUGUUGAUGCCGAGUACGCCUUGUACGAGUCAAAGUUGGGAGAAGAUGUUGUGAUGAGCUGCAGGUUUCGGCCUAAACUAUCACAUCCUCUUGCGUACCUGAAGGUGACCUGGCACUGGUUCACCUACACCUUGGUCCGGGACGUGUACCGUAUGGAUAACUGGAAGGAGGACUUGGCGUCCCAGGAUCCGGACUAUCAGGGUCGAGUUAGGCUUCUCACUGAGCAGUUGCAGGAAGGCUGGUCUAAGUUACAGAUCUCCAGGCUCCGGAUCAAUGACUCUGGGACUUAUCAGUGUUUGGUGGAAGGAGAAGGAGCUGAUUAUAAAACGAUGACUUUGUCUGUUGUUGCACCUUAUAAAACAGUGACUAAACACAUUGAGAAGGUAGCAGAGGGUGAUGACGUGCUGCUAAUCUGCCAGUCAGAGGGAUACCCGGAGUCCUCUGUGAUGUGGCAGGAUGGGACGCUGCGGACGCUCAAUGCCAGCACCACUUCCGCAUCAACUCCAGACCAGCUUUUUACAGUCAACAGUCGUAUACGCGUCAGCUUAUCCGUAGAAAACAACUACACGUGUGUCUUUGAAAAGGAUGGCUACUCUGCAACAUUUCAUAUGCCAGAUGAGAUACCCGUUCCUCCUGUAAAAAAUAAUGCUGUCAUCGUUGUAUUGGGCAUCGGAGUGGUAAUGGUCGUCAUUAUUGUUGCAGUGCUCUUGUACCGACGACGAAAAGGUUCCAGGAACCUUUUGGUCGACGGUCGAGGCAGGUCUGUUUCUACUGCUGCCUGCACAGCAAAAAAUAAAGAAUAUAAAGAGGAGAGAACUGUUUUUAAUGAAGGUUGCAUGGAAGAAACUCUGCGGGCGUUUCUGAAAGCCCAUUACUCUGACUACUCCUUCAGCAUGGAGAUGAGACACCACUGGGACGCUUUCGGUGUGGAGGAGCUGUCUCACAGGCUGCAAAACAAUAAGGGCCAGCCUGUGAAUCUUCAAGCUUUACUCCCAGAAGCUGGAAAGACACUUUUCCUUGAGGGACCCCCCGGGAGCGGGAAGACAACCAUAGCUCACAUCCUGGUCUCUUCUUGGACUGAGGGGCCGACACACGCCCUCUCCAACCUCUUCGAUCUCAGCAGCCUUCGAUUUCUCUUCUACGUCGACUGCAGCAAAGUGAAAGGCGACUUGUUUCAAGAAGUGACGAUCCAACUUUCUCUCAAGGACAAGACGGAGCAUGAGCUGAGGACUUUGUUAACCAGUGAGGCUCUGCUGUUGUUGGAUGGGUACAGAGAAGGGAACCCAUUCUUCGACGAGUCCUUGAGGAAGUUUCUAAUGGAAAGAGGAAGAUGCAGGGUGCUGGUCAUGGCCUGCCCCGGGCACUGCCCCUCACUCAACAACACAGUUGGGACAGAAGGGGUGCUGCAGCUCCAAACACAAAGUAUGAAGUGCUGAGGGCAAAGACAUUUGAGACUUUAAAACAUUAAGCACUUGUUACUUGUUAAACAAACAUGAGCAUGAUGUUGAAAUUCUUUUGACUGUGUGGUUAUAAUUUGUAUAGGCCCUGAUAUGCUGCAAAAAAUGUUGUAUUCAAUGUAUGUAAGAUAAGCAAUCGAUUCUACUUUUCUAUUAUCAGCCCGGAUUGUCAUUUUCAUUAAAAAUAUAUUACAUGUAG